CCUUCGCGACUGAAUCUGAAAGCACUAAAAGGCUUUAAACGCGCUUAAAAAGGCACACAGAGCGCGACAAUAAAGAUCAUCAAUGGCGGGCACAGCGUUGAUAUCUCGGAGACGGGCCUUUUUGCUGGCGUCUGACACUACUUCCUCUCUCCCUCUAACCUUUUGUAAGCGUCUCUUAACUUUCCAUGCCCCAACACCGUAUCCAUCUCUAUCACUUGUACCAGCAUCAGCUCGCAACACAAGCAUCUCUCCUCCUUGCUCUUGUUUUCCAAGCAGAGGCCACACUAGAGCAGCGCUUCCAAUAACAUUUUCUACAUUUCACGGACAUGACAGAUUAUUUACCUCCGAAGCCACCACCAAGAUCAACACCAAGGUUAAUUUCUCUGUCCCCGAUUCAGAUGGGGACGACGACGACAAAUAUAACAAGACCGGCAAGACCAUGAGGACCAAAGAAAUCGACAAGAAUAAGCUUCCACCCCCUUACGACCCGUUCAGUAAGAAGCCCGUCAUAGAGGAGCCCAAGGACCCGAAAGACUUGCAAGAAAUCUUCCACAACAUGAGGACCCAAGAUGGCCUGCUCAACAAUGCCGUCAAGAUGUUCGACGCUUUGUCCAAAGAUGGACUCACCCACGAGGCAUUGGAACUCUUCGCUCAGAUCAAGGACAAGGGUCACAUGCCAGACGUGGUGGCCCACACCGCCGUCAUUGAGGCUUAUGCCAAUGCCGGCCAGCCCAAGGAGGCUCUCAAGGUCUACUUGCGCAUGCUUGCCUCAGGGGUCGCUCCCAAUGCCUACACAUAUACGGUUCUUAUUAAGGGACUUGCUGCGGAUGCAAACUACAUUGGGGACGCCAAGCAGUAUCUGAUGGAAAUGAUGGGCAAACGGAUGAGACCCAAUGCGGGGACCUAUACGGCCGUGUUUGAGGCGUUGGCCAAGGAGCAGAAGCUGGACGAGGCCAGGGAGUAUCUGGAGCAGAUGAAGAGUAAGGGAUUCGUGCCCGAUGAGAAGUCUGUGAGGGGGGUCCUUAACAACAAGCGGGGACAAGUUUUUAGAGCCGUUAUCAACAUUCUCUUUGGCAAGUAAGAUUGCUGGCUACUAGAAUUUUAAAUUCUCGUGUCUUUUUCUCUUUUUGGGCCAUGGUAAUCGGUAUCAGUUGGAUUGAAUGCAUCCAAAGACAAAUUUUUUUUUCCC